CAACAAAAUUAAUGGUAUGUGGUAAAUUUCAUGGUUUUUAUUUAAGUUACGAAUUUAGGAGAAUAUGUUAAAUUAAUCUUAUACCUUAUCUUAUGAUAUAUAUUAGGGACUAUAUAAUAAAGUCUAGUGUUAUUAAGAUGAUACAUUUGUAUUGUAAUUACAAAAUGAGCGAUGCAUACGUAUCCCAAACUCUAACAGAAUUUCCCACCAGAAACUUACAAGAAAUAUUUUCAAUUUCUUUUUUCCACAAACACAAUUCCUGAAAUUUGUAGAACCUGCACUGCUCUGUUAUUCUCCAUUCUGUGCAUUUCGUCUCCACCAAGAAUGGCGUCAAUCAUCCCCAAAUGCUUCUCAUUCAUCAUCCUCAUCAUCAACAUGAUGCUCUUUUCUCUAAUUUCAUCAGCGCUAUCUCAAAGUCCGACAUACAUGGCGUUCGUCGUUAACGCAACAGCUCUUCCGCCGGAGGACUCUUUUGACUACAUAGUAGUCGGCGGUGGCACAGCAGGUUGCCCAUUGGCAGCGACGUUAUCAGUCAAUCACCGUGUCUUGCUUCUUGAAAGAGGCGGUGUUCCGCACAUCAACCCUACCAUCAUGAGACAAGAGGGUUUCAUCCCCACUCUCCGGCAAGUCGACCCAUUCCACUCCGCCGCCCAAGCAUUCACUUCCGAGGAAGGCGUUCCCAAUGCUCGUGGCCGGAUUCUUGGCGGCAGCAGCGCCAUUAACGCCGGAUUUUAUAGUCGAGCAGACGAUGAAUUUUAUGAUCGAUCGGGGAUCAAUUGGGAUCCGCUUUUGCUCGAGCGUUCUUAUCAAUGGGUUGAGAAAUCCAUCGUGUUUGAACCCCAGCUACAGUUGUGGCAAACUGCCCUUCGUGAUGGAUUAUUGGAAAUCGGUGUUCAACCUUAUAACGGAUUUACGUUAAAACACUCUCUUGGAACCAAGAUCGGUGGUUCUACCUUCAACAGCUCCGGCCAUAGACACAGCGCCGCUGAUCUUCUGAAUCUCGCUAGAGAAACAAAUAUCAAGAUCGCCGUCUAUGCAAGCGUUGAGAGGAUCUUAUUCGCUGCUUCAGAUUCUCCUGAGUCCAAGGAGAGCGCCAUCGGCGUUGUGAUUCGUGAUAGUGCUGGCUAUUUUCACCAUGCACUGCUAAGGGAGAAAGGAGAGGUCAUUCUCUCCGCCGGCGCCAUUGGUAGCCCCCACCUGCUUCUCUUGAGUGGCGUCGGACCACGCUCGUACCUUUCUUCUUGGGGCAUUCCGGUGGUAAAUCAUUCUCCGUUUGUUGGGGAGUUUCUGUAUGAUAAUCCACGAAACGGUAUAUCGUUUGUGUCACCUAAGCUACUGGAGCAUUCUCUCAUACAGGUGGUGGGCAUUACUGAUUCCGGUGCUUAUCUCGAAGCAUCAUCCAACGUUCUCCCUUUUCCUUCUCCUGUACACUCUAUCUUCAUGCGAUCUUCAUCGUCUCCGUUGUAUUUUAGUGUCGCCAGCAUCAUGGAGAAGACCAUCGGCCCUCUAUCUGCCGGAUCACUUCGUUUGGCGUCCACAGAAAUCAGAGUUAACCCAAACGUACGUUUUAACUACUUCAGCAACCCGGUGGAUUUGCAGAGAUGUGUAAACGGAACGCGUAAGGUUGGUGAGUUGCUUAGAAGCCAGGCGAUGUCUAGUUACAGGUUCCUGGGAUGGUCUGGUGCAGAGUUUAGAUUCAUGGGUCUGCCAUUGCCGGCAAACCAAACAAGCGAUGAGGAGAUGAGUGAUUUUUGCCGGCGGACUGUGAGCACAAUAUGGCACUACCAUGGCGGAUGCGUGGUGGGGAGGGUGGUGGAUCCAAAUUUGAAGGUCAUCGGUGUUGAUUCUCUUCGAGUAAUUGAUGGUUCCGUUUUCUCAAUUUCACCUGGCACCAAUCCACAGGCUACUGUUUUAAUGCUUGGGAGGCAUAUGGGUUUGAAGAUUUUGAUAGAAAGAAUGCAAAAGGCAAACACUUGAUUUUGAUUUCCUUGUUAUGUUAAUAUUACACAUUUACACCCUUGUUUGUUGUAUUCAUUCAUUCAUGGCUUCUGUUACUGAUGAUAGAUAUUCAAAAUUUCAUGUUGGAAAUGACAUUAAUGACACAAAAUUUUAUAUCAUGUAAUUAGAAUUGUGACUUGUGAGUUAAUAAAGCCACUAUGGUCUGAUGCUAAUUGUUAUU